GUGCAGCGUCGCCAUUAGCAUGAAUCUCCGUGCUCGCACACGGUAUUCCCAAUUCAUCAUUUCCUAGGGUUUCCUUUCCCCUCUCUCUCUAUCUCUCUUUCUUUCUCAGGUACGCCCCAAAUGUUCAAUCUUUGAGUUCAGGUUUCGCGUUUUGCAGCUGAAAUUUUCAUGAAUUUAUCCGCUUGCUUCGUGCAAUUCACGCGAGAAUAGCUGUAGCGCUUGGUCGGUUGCCGUGCUUUGCGAGUAUUCGAUAAUGGGUAGGGGUGCCGCCGCUUCCCUCCUUCGAAUUUGCCGUUCCAAGGACAAUGGUCCCAAGGGCAGAGCUUCGUUGUCGUAUAGAUGUUUCGGUUCGGGCUCGGGCUCGGGCUCGGGCUCGGGCUCGGGCGCGCAGUUCGGCCGCUCGGCGACUCGGGAUCGCCGGUUCGACCCGAGUUUCGAUGUCCGGAGUUGCCCGUUAUCUGGGAGUUUGGUGCAGUUGCUUUGGAAGAAUGUGCUUUGUAGGAGUCCGUGUUUUAGGGUAAUGAGUGCGGUUGAUGCGAGACUGUAUUCGUCGUCGGCAGAGAAAGGGAAGGAUUCGGAGGGCACACAUGGUUUUGGCUCUGAAGUGAUUGUUGGGGAAAAUGGUGAUGGUGUAGAAAGUUUUAAAUUUGCCGAGUGCCUCAACCGGUUAGCUGUCGCGGAGGAUGGAGAUGAUUUGAACGGGGAAAACACAUGCGAGCCCAUUAGUUUCGUUGAUCAUGGCGGUUCGGAUGAGAGUAAUGAAUGGCAUAUGGUGACAGGUGAAGAGGAUGGAAACAGCGGUAGUGUUAGUGCGACUAUAGAUUUUCCCUACAAGAAUGUGGGAUUGCGUGAUCCUGUGGAUUUGUACAGGGAACUUCGUGAUUCUGGAGAGCCUAUGAAGCUGACCCGUGAUGACUGGAAGACCCUCCAGGAGAUUUUUCGCUGUUUUAAAGAGUCGCCAUGGGCAUCCAAUCAGGCUCUUGCCAUCUACAUAGGCAUGUCUUUUUUCCCAACUGCAUCCCGCAAAUUCCUACAUUUUUUCUCCAAGAAAUGCCCUGCCGAUAUUACCAUGUACUUGGUUUCACUUGGCCCAUGUCAGGAUGCCGUUAAGUUCUUGUUCCCUAUAUUUGUCGAGUUUUGCUUGGAAGAAUUUCCUGAUGAGAUUAAGCGGUUUCGGAGCAUGAUUGAGUCAGCUGACUUGACAAAGCCCCACUCUUGGUUUCCCUUUGCACGAGCUAUGAAAAGGAAGAUAAUCUAUCAUUGUGGUCCAACCAACAGUGGGAAGACAUACAAUGCUCUGCAGCGCUUCAUGGAAGCAAAGAACGGCGUUUAUUGUAGUCCGCUUAGGUUAUUGGCUAUGGAAGUGUUUGACAAGGUGAAUGCUUUGGGAGUUUACUGCAGUCUUCACACUGGGCAGGAAAAGAAGAAUGUCCCUUUCUCGAACCAUGUUGCUUGUACUGUGGAGAUGGUGUCAACCGAUCACUUAUACGAUGUGGCAGUAAUUGAUGAGAUCCAGAUGAUGGCAGACCCAUAUAGAGGCUAUGCAUGGACGAGAGCAUUGCUAGGACUUAAGGCCGAUGAGAUACAUGUUUGUGGGGAUCCGAGUGUUCUAAAUAUGGUGAGGAAAAUCUGUUCUGAUACUGGGGAUGAGUUGCAUGAAUGCCACUAUGACAGAUGCAAGCCACUGGUUGUUGAAGCCAAGACACUGCUCGGAGAUCUUCGCAGUGUUCGAUCCGGUGAUUGUGUGGUUGCUUUUUCUCGGAGAGAAAUAUUUGAGGUUAAAUUGGCAAUUGAGAAGCACACCAAUCACCGCUGCUGUGUCAUAUAUGGUGCCUUGCCACCUGAAACUCGAAGACAGCAAGCUAACUUGUUUAAUGAUCAAGACAAUGAGUAUGAUGUCUUGGUUGCAAGUGAUGCAGUGGGGAUGGGUCUGAAUCUUAAUAUCAGAAGGGUUGUGUUUUACACUCUCUCGAAGUACAAUGGUGACAAGAUGGUGCCAGUUCCCGCGUCGCAGGUGAAGCAGAUUGCUGGAAGAGCAGGCAGAAGAGGAAGCCGAUAUCCUGAUGGGCUUACAACUACCUUUGAACUUAAUGAUUUAGAGUACCUCAUUGAGUGUUUGAAGCAGCCAUUUGAAGAAGUUAAGAAGGUGGGUCUUUUUCCUUUCUUUGAGCAGGUUGAGCUCUUUGCUUGCCAACUUCCCAACGUUACGUUCUGCAAGCUACUUGAGAAAUUUGGUGAAAAUUGCCGUCUUGAUGGCUCAUACUUCUUGUGUCGGCACGACCAUAUUAAGAAGGUUGCAAACAUGUUGGAGAAGGUCUCGGGGCUAUCUCUUGAAGAUCGCUUCAACUUUUGUUUUGCACCAGUUAAUAUCAGAGACCCAAAAUCAAUGUUUCAUCUUCUGAAGUUUGCCACAGCUUAUAGUCAAAACUUGCCUGUUAAUAUAGCAAUGGGCAUGCCCAAGGGCUCUGCUCGAAAUGAUACCGAGCUUUUGGAUCUGGAGACCAAACAUCAGGUGCUGUCUAUGUAUCUGUGGUUGUCUCACCACUUUGAGGAGGAAACUUUUCCAUAUGUUAAGAAGGCAGAAGCUAUGGCGACAGGCAUUGCUGAGUUAUUGGGUCAGUCUCUGAGAGUUGCAAACUGGAAACCAGAAUCAAGGCAGGCAGGAAAACAAAAGCCCAAAGAGAAGCCUGAUCAAAAGGAAGAUGGCUAUGAGAGACCGCAGUCACUCGCCAAACUAUUUUCUUUGAGAAGACAGAAUAAGAUCCCGGAAAUUUCACAUGCUGAGAAAAUGUCUACAUAGUCAUGUGCAGGUGAUUGAGCAGAGGACCUCUGGGAAAUAUGUGUGCCUAAGAUGGCAGGAUGGUUGUCGUCAUUGUGGCUCUGCAUCGUUGUUUGUUAAAGUGGUCUGUCAGAUAAGCUGGUGCAGCUUCUGCAGGAGAUAUCCUAAGAUGAGGAGUUAGAGAUUCAAAACCUGAAUACGAAAUUUCGACCCGUAUAGCUGUAGCAGUUUCUGUGAGCAGGCUGGUGAAGGGUACUUUGCUUCAAUGAGGUCACGGCCAAGCAUUUGACCCCCGUUUGGGCAGCACUAGUGGAUCAUCCAGCUCUUCGCUGUACUGUCGAGGAACAAAGCCAGUUCUUGUUUUUUUACGGAAAAUGAGGAGAGAGAGAGAGAGAGCUAAAAUUUUAAUGAAAUAUUCUGACUGUCAAAUUAUCUCUUACCAAAAUUUCUUAGUAGCUUCUGACUUGAAGCCCAUGAAGAGGGUGCUUUGUACUGUAGGACAAUGGGAGAGAAUAAUCCACCAAAAUAGCGAUGCUUCAGAUUUCUUCCUUGCAAGAAUGAUAGGUUAAAUUGUUGUUUCCCCAUGCUUCUCUUGAGGCUAUGCAUAUGCAGAGUAUGGAAGAGGUGACUCUGGUUAGCUUUUAUUGCUCAGAACGACCAAGUCCAUCUCUGCAACAUAGGUGGCUCAGUUUUACCUUUGGAUAAUAUGUGGAUCGUCACUAUUGCAGCACGGUGUUCGAGCAACAAAUCAUGCUGGGCUUUGUGGAUGGAUAGCUCAUCUUAGUGCAACAAACAGGCUGCCUCUCAUUAUCUGUUUGCGCCUGACCAUCAAUAUUCGUUGAGAUUCAUUCCAUCUUUCUGGCAUUCUUCUAUGUGCAGGAGCAAAUUGAGUGGGGUGCAUUCUCUUACUGAGAAAUCAUGUUAAGUUUGGUCUUAAAAUGGUUUUUUAUUGGUUUGUCUCUCUUUUAAUAUUAUAAUACUUCAUUUUAAAUAUUCUCUGGUUG